AUGGGUUUCCGUCUACUCGGCUCUGUCGUCCUCGCCCUCGUUACGUCCUGGUCCGUUCCUGGCGUCCUUGGAGGGCCCGUCCAGAGCCCCGACAUCGUCAUGCCGUCCGACGCCGCAGCGAACAGGCAGAGGGUGGUAGAUGUGUUUACGACAAGCUGGGACGCGUAUUCGAAGUACGCGUACGGCCAUGACGACCUGAGCCCCGUGAGCCUGAGCUACAGCGACUCGUAUGGCGGGUGGGGCGCGACGAUCGUGGACGCAUUGGAUACGAUGUACAUCAUGGGCCUGACGGAUCUCUUCGAGCAGGCCGUGAACUGGACCACCAGUCUGGACUUCACGGUCACGCCCACGGACGACGAGAUUGACCUCUUCGAGACGACCAUCCGGUACGUCGCUGCGUCGUUGUGUGCGUACGAGUUGAGCGGCGAGAAGUACCCCGCGCUCGUAAAACAAGCUCAGGCACUCGUGGACAAGAUGUCAAACGCAUGGGUCGGGGACAACGCUGUCCCAUAUGGGUAUAUGAACUGGAACCAGAGCGUGCCCGUUGUCGGGACGUCCAAUAUCGCAGAGGCGGGAACACUCACUUUGGAGUGGGGCACUCUGGCCAACUUCACAGGAAAUGACACAUACCGUGUCCUGGCGGAGAAGCCAGUACGUUGGAUCGCGAAUCUGGCCCCGCCUCUCCCAGGCCUGCCCGCGCAAGGAAUAGACCCCAGCACGGGAGAUUUUGUCGGGUCAUAUGUGACCUGGGGCGGCGGCUCGGACAGCUACUUCGAGUACUUGAUCAAGUACGCGCGGUUGACAAACACGGACGACACGCUCUUCGCGGACGCGUGGGCGACCGCGGUGGACUCCUCGCUGCACAACCUCGCGCGGACCUCAACGGUGCAGGAGUGGCAGUACCUGGCGGACUGGGAUGAUGGAACGAUCAUCCACAUCGGGUCGCACCUCGAGUGCUACCACGCGGGGAACUGGAUCCUCGGCGGGAGUCUGUUGAACAAUGCGACGAUUGUGAAUUUCGCGCUGGACCUGAUGGACGCGUGCUGGAACACGUACGCGAGCACCGCGACAGGCAUCGGCCCCGAGGUUUUCGGGUACUUCUCCUCAGACGGGAACUACACGGGCUCCUCGCCGAGCUCGGGGGACCUCGCGUUCUAUGAGCGGCACGGGUUCUUCGUGUACCCCGGCGACAGCGACUACUACCUGCGGCCGGAGGUGCUCGAGUCGAACUUCUACGCGUGGCGCGCGACGGGGGACGUGCGCUACUACGAGAACGCGGUGAGCGCGCUCGAAAGCUUCGAGACGUGGCUGCCGGCGCCCGUGGCGUAUGCGGGCAUUGACGACGUGGACGCGACGGACUCGGCGUUCAUCGAUGACAUGCAGAGCUUCUGGUUCGCGGAGGUGCUCAAGUAUCUGUACCUGACGUUCAGCGACCCUAGCGUGAUCAGCCUCGACGACUACGUGUUCAACACGGAGGCGCACCCGUUUAAGGCACCGCCGGCGAAGGCAACGUACGGGAGCGGGAACCUGUUUGUCCCGUCCGGGACGUUUGCACCGCAGGCGGGCCCGCUACCACAGGUGAGUCCCGCGCCGCCCGUAGCGCCGAGCCCGGUGCCGCCGACGCCGACGCUGUAG